AUGAUGAGCAACUCCAGGAGUUGGAUGGAACAGCUGGCAGAGUACGUCAAUAACAGAGAGCAUCUUUAUGAAGGGAAAAAUGUGCACAUUCACGGUAUCGUUGUGGAUAAUUUUUGUAUUGAUUUUAGAUUCGACUUUGGCCGUUGGUCACUUUCUGGCUGCCAGGUAUCACGAGGUUCGUGCCAAUGUGCAUUUGAUUUGCGACGACACACCUAAGAAUAGGAAGAAGAUCAGAGGAGAGGUAUGGGUAGUUUAAAUACGGUUUUACUUGAGGUUUUCAAUCAUGGAUAACAUAUUUUUUGGACAAGUUGAGUGUGUUUAGUUUUUAGGUGCCUUAUCAGCUCAGCUUUACCUCCAGACAACUCGACUUCAGCCCGGACGUCCACAUUUUAAUCGUAGUUGUGCCACUUUUAAGCGAAAUUGACGAUACCGAAAUUGGAACUACGAUAACCGAAGCCUGCAUAAACAUAAUUAAAAAGUAAGAUGGAAGGCUCCAAUUUUGGGUACUAUACUUUAUGUGUUUUCAGUACUGCUAAUCUUUUGAGUGUUUUUGAAAGCAAAUUGUUCGAAAAUCAAGGAAUGUUUGCUCUGGUCGGCCCUUCUCACUCAAAAGAAGGCAAAACAAGUGAUCCGCUCUACAAUCACACUUCAAUUUUGGUGAAUCAGCUGACGGAUUCCUUAUCUCAUCGACAGGGAAUUCACCGGAGCAAGGGAUCAGAUGUGAUCUUCAAAUAUGUUCAGUAAGUACCUACUACGAUUUUUAGACUGUUACCCCCGAGGUUUUAUCUCUAAUUGCAAAUUAAACUAUUUCAGACGUCCGUGUGUCCUGGACGACACUGAAAACAUAACUACUGAAGAAGAACGCAUCGCAUUAAUCUUCGCCCAAUUGGAUGAUAUAUUCGAACCACCCUGGCCUGUUGCCGCUGCGAAUGUUGAGACUAAUCCAACAGGCCAGAAGAAACUUCAUCUCGAUCUGAGUGUUGAGGAUCUGUUUGGUUGA